UCUACAGCUUCCGGCGUAGCUGAAAUUAGACCCCCGUUUCCUAUCUUCCCCAGGGUUACCUCUUUCUGCAAAAGGCGAACGCAAAAGAUGGCGGAAGACGAGAAGAGUGCAGAGGUGCACACAGACAAAACCGAACUGCAAAUUUUGAAGGAGCUUGUGGAUGAAUUGUAUCAUUUUAGAGAUUUCUAUUUUGAGACUCACAGUCUGGAGGACGCUGGGAGGAAAGAGAGUGAUGUCGCACAGGAAAUGGAAAAGACGCUGAAGAAGCUGGAGGAGAAAGAAGAUUGCUAUAAAGACAACGCAGAGUUUUUGCUGCAGAAAAGCAGGUGUCUGAAUGUAGCGCCAGACUUCAGUGCUAUGGCUGAAGAAUGCCUUUCCCGGGCAUUGAAGCUGGACCCUGACCUAUUUGAGGCCUGGAACAUAUUGGGGGAGCAGUACUGGAAAAAAGAAGACCUGGUCAAGGCUAAGAGCUAUUUUGUUGGAGCUCUGAAGAAGACCAAGAACAAAGUGUCUCUCCGUAGCCUGUCCAUGGUGUUGAGGCAGCUGCCAGUGGCAGACUGCACCACAUACGGCAAAAUGGUGCUGGAGAGUGUGGACAUGGCACGACAGGCUGUUCAGCUGGAUGUCACAGACGGGAUGUCCUGGUUUAUCCUGGGAAAUGCCAAUGUGUCCAUGUUUUUUUCCUGUGGACAGAAUCCACAGUUGUGUCAACAAGCUCUUAGUGCCUAUGCACAGUCUGAGAAAGUAGAUGGAGCUGCUGCUUUUUACCCGGAGCUGCAUUUCAACCGAGCCACUCUGUUCCAGUACGAGGAGAUGUUUGGGUCUGCGCUUGAAGGCUACAGUCGAGCUGCUGCGCUUGAACCGAGCAUGAAGGAUCCUCCACUGAGAGAGAAGCAGCUGCUGGAGUAUCUGGAGAAAGUCACAGCUCUUGCACAGAACAAGGGGAAGGUGAAAGCACGAAGGUUACGGACAAUGCUAUCUAACCUCAACACGUCGGCAUUGGGGCCCUGUUCGUCCCCUCAGUUUCGUUCUCCAGCAGGCCAUGUGGGCAGCCUGGAGCCUCGAACAAUUAACUCUCUCUCACACGGACACAAUGCUGGGGUGGCUGCCUUGGGCAAGGUGGUUUUCAGCCUGGCCUGUGACGGUCGCAUGGCCUUUACAUUCGGUAUGGUGGACAGUGAGGAGACAUGUAUAGUGGUGAUGGUAUACAACACAGCGGACGCCUGGGGCGUUCUGAUAGGAGACAGCGUUGCCAUUCCUGAACCUCAGGUCAAACGACACAGUAUAACACACAAGGAUAAGGAGUUUGACUUCAGAAGUAUAAGAGUGGACUCUCCUCUGCUGCUCAUCGUAAACGGAAAGAAACAAAACAUCAAAAGUCAGAUCGCUGCCUCAGUCAGCUACAAGCCUCGGUGUGAAUGAGCCCAGUCAGAAGAGAGAAGUCCAAGAGCUUUGCUCGAAAUGUUCCGUUAUUUAUGGAAGUUUGAAGAUUCCAAGGUUUAUGCUUGUUGUUUUGUAAAUAGAGGUCAACAUGCCACAUUGUCUUUUAAGAGACAGCGCCUUUUAUAUUUAUAUUUUCUUUUUUUUUGCAUUCUGUUGUUGGGAUGGCACAAAGUAGUUUUUGUUACUGAAUAAACUUGUGAUGAUCA